AUGAAAAUUUGCAAAAAAGCUACAUCCAGUGACCCUUGUCUCCUCGACCGAAUUGAGAAUUUGCCAUUGGAGCUCAUAGAUUUUAUCAUCGAAGCAAGCAUCUUCUCCGAACCGAAAGGAUCACACGAGGCCCUACACACGAUUAUGAAGCUGCAUCGAGUGGAAGUGGGAACUGUUUUCAAGUCAAGGAUCGAGACUGUCUUCAAUAGUCGCUCGCUUCAAAACCACAUUAUAGCCAAUUGGAAGAUGUUCCCCGAUUUCUCUCGAGGUGAAAAGAAUCGGCUUACUGUGGACGAACACGCAUCCUACGAUUUGGCCUCAUGGUCUAUCAGAAAUUGUUCAGAAUGCUUUCAGUUUUUGCUUCGGCAGCACGCUAUCACAGCCUCAUACUUCUGUCACACAGGAGAGAGCUUCUAUUGGAUUGCUUGGAAGGAUCAUAACCUCGAACAGGGAGCUGUCAUAGUAGCAUCGAUGAGCGAUGAGCAUCUUUUCCAGCCGUUUUUGAUAGAUCGGCUAGGUGAACAUAGCAAAUCCAUAUUCCAAUCUUCCACAUGGAGCGAGCCGUGGUUUAGGAUCUGCUGGGACCGCGUGAAGACACAAUCGCGUAGCGCACUGUCGUCACUUGGAACUCACGAAAUUGGGCAGAUUUGUCGUUUCGCAGAUCCCGGACUUGCGCAGGAGCUGUUGGAUCAUGGCUUGGAAUUGGGGAAAGUCCACACCGGUUACAAAUCGCCUUGGAUUUAUGUGAUGGCCCAGAAGGACCCAGAACCAAUGUUUGAGUGGCUGUGGGAAAAUGAUUACCGCCCCCCUGAACACUUCUUGGAAUCUGCGACGAGAAACUAUUGCACCAAAGCUGCAGGCUGGAUCAUAUCCCACACCGAGUACCAAGAUUGGUGUCAGGCUCUCCUUUUUGCAGCUGGGUACACAAAUGAAAGAAGUGUGGAAUUGUUCCAAGUCCUGAUUCAACAGGAACAGUUCCCGUUGAGAACGAGAGAAUCUUUUGUUUGCGACAUUCUUAUCAGACUCGUGGAUGAAGUCUGUGCGGCAUCCCAGCAAUACCACGAAUUUUACCAAGGAGCUAUCUUUCCGCAAUGGCGGGAUGAUCCAACCGAUUUCAAUGACACAAUCUCCAAUCUACAAGAAGUCGCGGUACGUAAAAUCGAAGCUGUCAACCAGCUGGUUGAUGGAGUCGGGGUUGUGGGCAUGAAAGUGAAAACAAGGCACGCUGGAUUGCACCAGGUAAUGGAGGCCCUAGAGAACCUUGACCGAUGA